AUGCCCCGCAUUCUCUUCGUCAGUGGCUUCCAUCCUACAACGCGCGCCCGCGACCUUGCAUACGAGUUCGAACGGUACGGCCCUCUGGUUCGCUGCGACGUUCCAGCACCGCGAAACCCACACGCCAACACUAAUCCUUAUGCUUUCGUCGAAUUCCGCAGUACUCGCGAUGCGGAGGACGCCUAUUACGACAUGCAUGGACGAAGUUUCGAAGGCUCUCGCCUGAGUAUCCAAUGGGCAAAGAACCCUCCCUCUUCGGUAUGGCGCUAUGACCGAAGAUCACCGCCUCUUCGCCGCGACCGUGAUCGCUCUCGCAGUCCCCGUCGUCGCAGUGACCGUGAUAGGGAUCGUGGCCGAGAGCGUGAUGAUCGUGACAAGGACAGAGAUAGUGACCGGGACAGGGACAAGAGGAAGCGGAGUAGAAGCCCUGAACGACGGAGGAGUCCUUCUCCUGAAAAGAGAGCGGGAACUGAUAAGGCGAAGACGCCUCCUCCGCCAGAUGACGGCAAAAAGGACGAGGACAGGGCUCAAACACCGCCCUACGAUCACUAG